UGAUACAACUAGGAAAUGGACGGACAAAUUAUAUGGGCCAAUUGACAAUACGCAUUGGUGAUAGCUUACGAUCGGUCAGUGAGUUGCAAGACGAAGCUACUAUACAGACUGUAUGUAGACUUUUGCUGUUCAACUUAACUGGAAAUUAUCAAUUAUCUUCUGAGGAAUUUCUUCGUCAGAAGAACACAUACUCUUAUGAAAUGUUUUCCAAAUUAAAAUGCAAUGGAGAUGAAACUGAUAUACUUGAAUGUUUAAACAGUACAGUUUAUUCAACAGCCACCUACACGAGAGGAACAGGGAUUAACUGUCAAACCCCCAUUCGAUUAGAUAAUGGAAACAGUUACCUUUCCGGAAAGCUGGAAAUUAAUGUUAACAAAACAUGGCUGCCAGUAUGCUCGGACAGAUUCAGUUCCAACGAUGCGUACGUCAUAUGUCGAAUGCUUGGACACAAACAUGUAAGAAACGCAACUAUAAUGCUAGAAGCAACCAUCGGGUCCAUCGCAGAUGGUGGUUUUGUGUGUAAUGGAAAGGAAGAUGAUAUUUCGCAAUGCACUGGACACACCGGGAAAACCGUGGCAUCAUGCUCCAGCCAAAAGGCCAUUGCCAUUAACUGUCAAACCAGUGUUCGACUAGCGGAUGGUCCCUCUUCAACUAAAGGUCGAGUGGAAGUGUUUUACAAUGGCAACUGGGGUCCGGUUUGUCGAUCCGCAAUCGGAACAAAUGAAGCAAAUGUUAUAUGCAGAUCCGCUGGAUUUAGAUACACAUAUGGUCAUGUACAGGACAGUUUUAAAUACAGCAACAAAACAUUCAACAAAUACAUGAUAUCUGGUCUUGUUUGUACCGGAUACGAAGAGACCAUCACCGAAUGCAGUGCUAAUGAAUGGUGGAAUAACACCUGCUUUGACGCACCGCUAGAGUUGGAAUGCAGGACAUCGAUUACCCUACAACCCGGUGUUAGUAAAUACUAUGGAUGGGUUCAGCUGAAUUUCCAAGAUCCAUACACAACAACAAAGUAUGGUUCGUUAUGUGGAUCUGGCUUUAGUUCUGAAGACGCUGAUGUUGUUUGUACUUUGAUCGGUGCUCCGUCCUUUGGAAACGCAACUGUUUAUCCGAAGAACAAGUUUGAAUCUCAUCACAGCUUUGUUAUUGAACAAGUGAACUGUUCAGGAAGAGAACACGAUCUGCAAGAAUGUCAGUCCAAACCGUGGUCAGAGACUUCUCACACUUGCAACUCUAACUACACAACGGUUGCAAUAAAUUGUCGGCCCGACACGCCAACCCGACUUCAAGGGAAUGAUCUAACAAAGGGAUUAGUUGAAGUGUUUUUCGACGGAACGUGGUAUACUAUGUGUGGCUUCAACUUCAACUUCAAAGAAGCUGCUGUAGUUUGCAAAAAGCUUGGAUACAAAAUCGGGACUCCUGAUAUUCAGCAUAGCUCCAGAGAUGCUCUUAUAUAUGGCAUGACGUGCAAUGGAGAUGAAACCGAUAUUUCCCAGUGCCAGUUUACAUUACACCCUUCAGAAUGCUGCACAUAUCCGUGGACAGUUAGACGUUGUUCAUCAAGUUCUUCAGAUAGGGAAUACACACAGAGAGCAGGAGUCAUAUGUAGUAACAACCGUGUAAGGCUGGUCAGUAACGUCAACACUUACCAGGGACGAGUAGAGUUCCAGUAUUUCGGAGUCUGGGGAACUGUUUGUAAUACAAACUUUAACCAAAACGAUGCACGUGUCAUAUGCAAACUGGCUGGGUAUGACACUUUGAGUAACAUCACAAUACACACAAAUGCAAACAAGUACGGACCAGGGUCAGGUAACCUGAUUGUUGAAGACUUGCAGUGCAAUGGAACAGAGACGGACAUUGAUGAAUGUGCUUCGUACCCAUGGAAGGAAAAUUCUGCAAAAACACCGUGUGACUCGCAUAACUAUGAUGUCGGCGUUAAUUGUAGACCUUUAACACCAAUGCGCUUUGUGGGUGGAACUAACUAUUCUGGGAGAGUUGAAAUCGAGUACAAAGGAGUUUGGGGCACGAUCUGCGACAACUACUUCGAUGAAAACGACGCUAAAGUAAUAUGCAGAAUGAAAGGACUCAAUACAAAGAGCUUAGCGAUACGAACGAACGGCUUUUACGGGAUGGGGAAUGAAAGUAUUUUGUUAUCAAACCUGAACUGCCGUGGCGACGAGCCUGACAUCUCCGAGUGUAGUAUUGGUUACCAAUGGGGCAGUAGUUAUUGUUCUCACAACAACGAUGUAGCGGUGCAGUGUAACACACCUGUUCGAGUUCGGGAAGGCCUGACAUUCUAUUCAGGUAUAGUUGAGGUUUAUAUCAACCGCGGAUGGCAGCGUGUAUGCAAAGACAAUUUUACAAUGGGCGAUGCGAUUGCGAUUUGUAAUCAAGCAGGAAAGAGAGACAACUACCAUGGAAAUGUCUCAAUUCACAAUCAAUAUUUCGCAAAUAUUACUGCUGAACAUACGACUCUUGGUGGGUUCGGUUGUCUUGGCGACGAAAGUGAUUUAUACGAUUGUGGAUCCGGACAGUGGGUUGAGUCAACACACUAUUGUCCUAGUGGAGAAAACGUAGCUCUUAAUUGCCGUGCUCAAACUCCUGUAAGAUUAAUGGAUGGCCUGCAUGAGGCAGGAGGCAGUGGACUACAUAAGCCUGUACAAGGAAAGGUAGAAAUCCAGUAUAGGAGGUUUGACCAGAGUUUACAGAAGUACCGUGAUGAUCAUUGGGGCACAAUUUGUGAUGAUCAGUUUGGAGAUGAAGAUGCCUUGGUGCUGUGCUCUAUGAUGGGAUACUCUGUUGGUAAGGUUUACCGACCCGAGGCAGAAUAUCCCAUGUUUGGCAAUGAGACAAUUAUACUGGACGACCUGCAAUGUCUCGGAGUUGAAGGAGAUGUGUCUGAGUGUAAAGCACGAGAGUGGGGCACCCAUGACUGCGUACACGACGAAGACGUAGCCAUUUAUUGUAACUACCAAGACAACAUUGAUCCCUGCGACAAAGAGAACUACAAGAGACUCCCUAGCCUGGAAAUGAGACUGGUCAAUUUAAAAACAAAGUCAAAUCCCAUUAAUGACAACAAACUUUCCUUGGGCUGGUACAAUGUUGGCAACAACACUUUGCCAGAUCAAGCACCUCCGAUGAACAGAUGUGCUACAAUUUUCCCGGUGUAUAGCAACGAUCCCAACGCGGUACCCAAACUAGAGGAUAAAAUCAAGUCUUUCAAGGCAGAACAGUCGGGAGAUUCCAGCAUAACAUAUGACUUACAAGCAAAGAACUGCGGAGGUUACUAUGUAUAUCGACUAGGUCCAACCGUAACAAAAGACAGUGCCUAUUGUUUUGGUAUUGGCUCGGAAAUUCCUCCUCCGUCGUUUGUUGCGAACGAGGUUGGUGUUGUUAAAGACAACAAUAAAACAUCAAUCUGGUUUAAAUGCAAGUUUGACCCAGACCAAUCCGAAAAUCUCUACUACCAAGUAGAGUGGCGCAUCAUAGGAAAUUCAGAGCAUGUAAUCACAAAACAAUACUGCAACAAGACCGACAUGUCACCGUGUUAUCUGAUGCACAUGGAUCUAGAAGAUAUGAAUAUCGGCAUGGGCACAAAUAUUUCAUGCGCUGUUCGUGCAUUCAACGAACCCAACAGUCAGCCGGGCCAGUUGUCGUUGAUGUCGGAUCCAUUUUUCCUGGGUAUCACAGUGUUAACCCCUCGCAUUUCCUUGCGUCGAGGAGAGUAUAAGUCUGUGGAAAUGCAAUUAACAGUUCCGAUAGUGUGCGACAAUGUGAGACCUUCCAACAACAUCGCAUGUGGGGUCAAUAUUGACUACUUCACACCAGAUUAUGGAACUUGCCCCAAUGCUGAAGGCAACUUCCCAGGCGGAUGUUCAGUGGCAGUUAACGACACGUCAUUUGACAGGACGAUAACUGUGAGCGUCAGUGCUGCGGAAACAGGACAGUACGGCGUUGCCGGGAAGUUCACUCUGUUCUUACAAAUACCCAGAACUAGAGGAGUCGCCUUUUUUUCAGUCCCUUACAAACUGCCUGCAAUAGAGGUUGAAGUACUUCCAGAGAUGGAUCGACAAUGGCGAGGAAAACUAUGUACAGCCCGAAAUGAUCCACAUAUGUAUACAUUUGAUGGCAGGUCCUAUGAACAUCACGCUGAAGAAGGAGACUACAUCUUGUACAAGCACUCAGUGUAUGGAAAUGUCGAGGUCCAGCAUAGAAUAGCAAAUUGCACGGAUGGCCAAAGUCGAGCGAAAUGUAACUGUGGCGUGGCAGUAAGGGCUGGACGUGACGUCUACGUCAUCAACGUGUGUAAUGGAUACCUCGACAUUGGCUACAGGCAGUGCUGGGAUAAGGCGUUAACAGUGAAAAAAGAAAACGACUACACAUACACGAUCUAUUUGCCAUACGGCACUGCAGUCAGGGCGCGAAUAGACAGCGCACCGUUUAUGGGUGCGCAAGGAGGCAGAGUUUUGGACAUUUCCGUAAAUCCGUCGAUUCAAGAUAGAAGUGGAAAUAGUACAGGGUUAUGUGGAUCCCUUAAUGGUAAUUCGGCGGAUGAUUUUGACAAUGAAUCGCAAUUUAUAAACGAAUGGAAAGUGCAAAGAAAUGCAUCGUUGUUCACCAACGAUUCGUAUCAUAAAGAUCUUGAGCCUUGGGUUUUUCCAACGUGCACAUGCAAGAAAACGACCGGAGGAAACGGCGCAUAUUCGUGUGACAGGAGUAUCGCAGGAUGUACUCGAGGGACGCUUGCUGGUUACCAUAGUUGCGGUGAGCUGAUAGAAAGUCGUCCAGUGAGAUCCACGACAAUACAAUCAAGAAAACCAGUAAUAAAGAUACCAGUCUUGCACCAGCGAUUCCAUGUCCGAAAUCGUCGAAGCGCAGGCGUAUGGACGGACGGUAUGGACGCUCGAAGUCAUUGUGAGCAGCAAUUAAAAACAAUACAGGACAUGUGUAAUAAAAUUCCAGACACACACACGAACGUGUCUUUGGAAAAUUGCGUGCUGGAUAUAAAGAUAACCAACUCAUCAGCCUGGUUAGCGAUGUCAAAGCAGUCCAUGUUGCAAACUUGUCAAAAUGAGAUCCAGCGUAAUAGUACUGUUAUUAAAGACUUAAUUGAAAGAGCGGAGAACAAAAACACAACAACCACAGGGGCAGCAGAAACACAUAUAACAACUGUCGCUCCACCGACGCUCGCAGAAUUGAAUAUUUUGAAAGAAAUUUUAAAAACCUCUGAAACCAUUGAAGAACGAUUUUGCAUGAAUAAUUGCAGUGGAAGUGGUAUUUGCGUCAACGGCACGUGUCAAUGUAACUCGGGUUUCGGCGCGGUCGAUUGUUCCAUUGAUCUUAAAAAACCACCAAUUAUAUCUGGGAUAUUAGAUCAUGGGCUUUGUGACCAGAACAAGACGGACUGUUCUAAGAUUGUUGUCUUUGGUGGAGAAUUUACAUCGUCUAACUUGACUUGCCGAUUGAACACAUUUUAUUUUGACAUACACGGGACACCUCACAAUGAAAGUAGACAUGAAGUUCCUGGGCAGGCCGAAACAAUUGUGGAGACAAUAUGUCCUCUCCAUGGAUUACGGCAACGUAGAUCGAUUGACAAUAGGUUUGUUGUCGGAUUCCAUGUAUCCGUAAGUAACGACGGUGAAAACUACGAGGACGACAAACAAGGAUUAGCCUACAUCUAUAACUCGCAAUGCCAGACGUUUGGUUAUGCAAAAGAUACAGAAUGGAUAUACACGUUUUCACUGAAGGAUGGGUUCUGCUUUAUCGAAGGCCAGUGCUACUAUAACGGCACUUUUCACAUUUCACAAAAGAUGAUAUGCGAUCCUCUCGCAAACCAAACAUCAUGGACACCGUAUACACCUGAUUGCAAACAGGAUGAAUUUUGCAAAACGAAACGUAAUUCUGUCUGCGAAAUUAUGAACAACACAGUACAUUGUUCAUGUGCUCGCGGCUACAAACAAAAUGAAUCCGAUUCAAGCAACUGUGCAGAAAUUUCAGAGACAAAUACUGUUACGGAUGAAGUUUAUGAUGGAAGAUACAGUCAUGUUGUUGUUGAAGUUAAGUUGGACUACAUUUUACCGCAAGGUUUUACAUUGAAUUCAUCAAGUACCUACGAACGAUACGAACUUGAACUUAGUAGCAAGCUUACAGAAUACUAUAAAGACCUUCUUGGAGAACAGUUUUACAAAGUGGUUAUUAAAGAAAUAAAAAUCGGAAGUUUAAUCGUAGAACAUUGGGUGGUUUACGUACAAAAUGAGCAUAAUACUGUCAAUGUUUAUGACGCGUUGACUCGUCAUUCGGACAGGCCGCUGGUGAUCUUUGAUCAGACAGUACACGUGUUGAAUGUAUCAAUUGUUAACAACGAAGGAUGUACAUCGCCUAUGACGUGUAGCAAGAAGAAGAACUCUCUUUGCGAAGUCUGGGAAGGUGUAACGCGGUGUUCAUGCAUUCGAGGUUACAUCGAAAGUGAAACUACCCCAAACACAUGUGUCGAAAAUACCCAUGCAAUCAUUGUGCCGGACGAAAACGCUUUGUCUGAUGACGCCCAUGGGGUCUUGCAAGUGGAAAUAAAGUUGGGAUACUCAUUACCUCUGCACAAAUCCUUAAAUACGUCCGACACUUACGAUCAGUAUGCAAAAGAACUUAAAACAUCGUUGACCAAGUUCUACAAAGACGAACUAGGGCAUUGGCUUUCAAAAGUAAUAAUUCGAGAUAUAAGAACAGGAAGUCUAUACGUGGACCACUUUGUUGUAUAUCAAAAGCGAGAACAAAUUUUGAGCGAUGUGACACAUGCGGUAGUGAAAUUGGCCGAGAACGGCCUUGUAAUUUAUAGUAAAACAUACAACGUCACCAAUGCUUUCAUCGGUAAAGAUAAAGCUCCCGUACACGACAAUUCGGAAGAGAAGAAGUCUGCAAAAUGCCGUGUAUAUACUAGUAUCCAUCCAUGUAACGAUGACGAACAAUGUGAGGUAGACGCUACGGUCGUUCGUUGUGUUAAAAAGAAAAUUACACAGGAUGCCGACUCAAAAAUGCUCUUAAUAGUUUCGGCUGCGGUUGGUGGUGUUUUGUUCCUGAUCAUUGUCGUGCUGGUGAUCAUUGUGUGCAAAAAGAAAGCCAAGCAGCCACUGGAGAUGGACCAUCUUGAACCAAAGGUGCAUGACAACACGUACCAAGACAUCUCCGCACGGGAAAUGUCCGUGUUCAAGGAUGACAAGUCAGAUGUGUACAAGAUCCCUCGCGCAAAAUUGUCUGGGUCCCAGCUUGCCUUUCAACAGAGUCUAGCUGCAGACGUCAGGCCAAGCUCUCUGUAUGAGAGAAAUCGCCGUGAGACAGAGGCCGAUAGAAACCGAUAUGAUGGGCUGCCACAACGAGGUCAAAGUUACUACAAUACUGGCAUGCAGUUGUAACACGUGGAUGUUAUUUGUGUGUGUGGCUUAAAUGCCUUAACAAUAAUGUAGUUUAACAUUAAGUGUAUCCAAGAGUGUUUUUUUUUUGCUAAUUUUGUGAAAUGCAAAGUCGAAUAUGUUUAAUUUUUGUUUGUGAACAUGCAUAUAAUCAGACUUUGAUUUUGUUGUAUUUUUUAUGUUUGAAAUAGUCAAUACCUAUACACAUGUUUUAUCUUUGUUAGCGUUAUAAAUGAAGUUGUCAAUUAGGAUUCGUAAAUAAAUAAAUAAAAGCGGACAUACAAUUUUUAAACGUUAUAUCCAUCAAAUUAUACUAACGACACAUAUUCUUCAUAAUUGUCGUAUAUCAUUUUAUUAAUAUGCGUCAAAAAUAAAUGUAAAUUUUUC